AUGUCUUACCUUUCUUCCCAAAUGCGAAAUUCUGAAAAUUCUCCCCAUAAUUAUCGAGUCUAUGCCUCGUUUUGCCCUAAAGAUCCCACGUUAAGCAUUAACAAGUCUAAUUGGAUCGACUGUUACACCCCAUCCAACAACUCAUGGCAUCGAGUGACCAUGAUUCCGGGGCUCUUCGAUGACCAUGUCCUAAAGGACUUUGCCAUGGUCACCUUGGGUGAUGACAUCUACGUUAUUGGUGGCCGGCUUUGCCACAAGGUCAUAGGUCGCGACCCCGAGGAAAUUGUUGAGGUUGACCUAGAGGUGCUCCCUUCAGUACUAUGUUACAAUGUUCGCGCUGACGUGUGGUCCAAGUGUGCGCCGCUUGGUGUGGCGAGAUUCGAUUUUGCAUGUACGGUCAGCAGCGAUAAAAUCUACGUGGCCGGGGGACAAUCCUUGUUGCGCUGUGCUAGGGGCAUUUCAUCUGCUGAGGUGUAUGACCCUGCGCUUGAUGAGUGGAGAUCAUUGCCUAGCAUGAACACAUUGAGGUACAAAUGUGUUGGGGUGACUUGGCAAGGAAAAGUCCACGUGGUAGGGGGGUUUGUUGAGAGAGGGGACUCUGAUAGUCCUGGACCAUAUAUAAUGGAGAGGAGUUCUGCUGAGGUGUACGACACGCGGUGUGCCAGGUGGGAAAUUGUCCCUAGGAUGUGGGAGUUGGAUGUGCCACCUAAUCAGAUUGUGGCUGUUGGUGGGAGGCUUUUUAGCUCAGGGAAUUGUCUAAACGCAUGGAAGGGUUACAUUGAGGCCUAUGAUGUGAAGCAUAAUAUCUGGAAUGUUGUUGAUGGGUCAAAUUUGCACACUCUGUCCUCUCCGGUUUCCACGUCAGAUGCCAGCGAAGCAAAUUGGCCACCAAUACAAAGACUAUACCUCACAGUGGCACCAAUAGGGACCCACCUGUACUUCUUGGCAGGGUAUAGGAUGCCGGGGGAGAUGUCAAGAUUGAGGUCGGCUGUCCACGUGUUUGACACAUCAGCAAAUGAAGAUGGCUGGACAAGCUUUGAGCCAAUGGAAGAGGAAGGAGAGAAGGAGCUAUGUGGCCAUUGCUGUGUUCUUCAAUUGAGCUCACCCAAAGCAACACUGCACUCACUAGCUAAUAUUGGAGUUUACUGUUAUAAUAUAUAA